AUGUGGUACUUCCAAUCUUACCUUCUACUGACUGCGGGCAUUCUGGCCACUUUUGUCUUCGGAGCACCUUCAGUAACCACUCUCAACGCUACAGAAUGGCAAUUGUCGAAUGGCGAUCCAUCGUGUUUAUUCAACGUUACAAUCAAUUCCAAAGGUUAUGCUCAUGAUAUGACAUGGAAUGGAAAUAACAUUGUUGGGAACGCUACAGGAGGUUAUUCAGAUACUGGUGGGAAAAUAACUUUUAACUUUACAUCUGGACCUACAAUUAUCGAACAAACAGAUGAAUAUAUCCACGUAGCAUUCGAUUCGUAUCUAGCAACAGUCCAUUAUAUCCUCAUGAAUGAUUUAGCAGGACAUUAUCAAUAUGUGAUAAAUAAUAAUCUAGGUAAUCAAGGUGAAGUAAGAAGUUUAUAUAGAUUUGAUCCACUGCAAUUCCAUUCAGGUCGAACUAAUAUCAAAAAUGAUUAUUUACCUACUAUUCAAUAUAUCGAGGUAGGUUAUAAAGUUCAAGAUGAAACUUGGCAAAGAAGAAAUGGAUCUUAUAUAACCAAAUAUGAUUUUUCUUGUUUUGUAAGAGAUUUAGAUUAUCAUGGUGUUUAUGGUGAUAAUAUAGGUGCUUUCAUCAUCGCUCCUGGUAAAGAUUACUAUAUUGGUGAUCAUUUAAAACAGGAGUUGAUGUUACACAGAGAAAGUGCAACGGAUGAUGUAGUUUUAUUACACAUGUAUCAUGGCUCACACUACAACUCCGAAUUCGGACACGUGAUUCCACGAGGAAAGAUGUGGGGACCAUGGUUACUCUACAUCAAUGAUGGUGAUCUCGAAAACGCCAAAGCUAGAUCUAAACAAGAAAGCGAUGCUUGGCCAUAUAAAUGGCUCGGUGAUACGAAUUAUCAAAACAGAGGUAAUGUCAACGGUAAACUUGUCUUAUCGGACGGUAGAGAUGCUUCAGGAGCAGCUGUUUUCCUGGGUGAUGAAAAUGGAUAUGAAACGAACAAUCAAGGUCAAACAUAUCAAUACACUACAUACGCAGACGAUCAAGGUCAUUUUACUUUUGAAAAUGUUAGAAAAGAAAAAGAUUAUCGUUUGAUAGCUUGGUCAAAUGGUGGCAAAAUAUCUGAUGUUGAUAAUAUCUAUAACGAAACUACAGUAAUCACCUUCAAUAAUACUAGAGGACAAACGAAAGAUUUAGGAACUAUCGAUUGGAUUAUACCAAAACGUGAGAUUGAAUGGCGUAUAGGUGAUUUUGAUAAGAAGACAUUAGGACUUAAAUAUGGUGGCGUACCUUUAGAACAUGGAUUAAGUGAUAAAACACCUGCAAAUCUUAUUUAUUCAAUUGGGGAAAGUAAAACAGAAGAUUGGUAUUUCGCUCAAUCUGCUCAAGGUAAUUGGACUGUCAUAUUUGAUCAAUCAACCAAAACAAAUCAGACUGCUACAUUGACUUUAUCUUUUGCUGGAUAUACAAGUCAAAAUGGAUAUGGACUAGGGAAGGAUUCAUACACUUAUCCAGAGGUUACUCCCACAGGAUUAAACGUUAGUAUGAAUCAAUUCCUCGUGGGGACGAUAAGUAGUGAGAACGCAACGGAUGGUGCUCUGUAUAGGAGUGCAACUGUUGCUGGAGGUUACUACGCAACGAGAUUUACUGUUCCUAGUGAAUAUUUCUUGACUGAUAAAGCGAACCGAUUGGAUCUGACUCUCACCCAAAACCAUAGAUGGAGGGGGAUUAUCUGGGAUGCGUUAAAAUUGGAAUGGAAUUGA